AUGGCUCCGUCACGCCGGUUGCACACUCUGAUCCGCCGCGCACUCAAUCACAACUUCCAUAGCCAUAGCCACAACCUUAUCUCUCGUCACGUUCCCGCGCUGGCAAUUUCUUCCGCUGCGCUUGCUCCGCUGCCGGCCGCCGCCAGCGGUGCGCUUCCGCCGUUGUGCCGCGGAUUCGCGUCCGCCUCCGCCGCGGGUGGCGGAAGCGGAGCCCCGCGCGCGCCGGCGACGGAGAGCGAGGAGCUGGGCGCGAGCCGCGUGGUGGAAGCGUCGUUGACGCUGGUGCGCGAGCGAGCGCGACUCAAGGCGGAAAAGGUGCGAGGAGCAGGGGGCGCAGAGGCGACAGCGUGUCUUCUCGGGGUGCCUCUGGGGCACAACUCCAGCUUCCUGCAGGGCCCUGCCUUCGCCCCGCCCCGCAUUCGAGAGGCCAUUUGGUGUGGCUCCACCAACUCGGCUACAGAGGAAGGCAAGGAUCUGAACGACAUUCGAGUGCUCACAGACGUGGGGGACGUGCCCGUGCAGGAGAUGCGGGACUGUGGGUUGGACGACAGUCGCCUCAUGCGCACCGUGUCAGACUCCGUGCGCCUCGUGCUGGCAGAGUCUCCUCUUGCUCCGCUCGUGCUAGGGGGGGAUCACUCCAUUUCCUUCCCGGUGGUGCGGGCGGUAUCAGAGCAUCUGGGCGGCCCGGUCGACAUUCUCCACUUCGAUGCGCACCCAGACAUCUACCACGCCUUUGAGGGCAACCACUAUUCCCACGCCUCGCCCUUUGCUCGCAUCAUGGAGUCUGGAGCGUGCCGGCGGCUUUUGCAGGUGGGCAUCCGGUCGAUCAACGAGGAGGGGCGGGCGCAGGGCAGGCGGUUUGGCGUGGAGCAGUACGAGAUGAGGCACUUCCACCGCAACAGAGAGAUGCUGGAGAACCUGGAGCUGGGCCAGGGAGUGAAGGGGGUGUACGUAUCGAUUGACAUAGACUGCCUUGACCCCGCAUUUGCGCCGGGCGUCUCCCACAUUGAACCAGGCGGCCUCUCCUUCCGCGACGUCAUGAACAUUCUGCAGAACCUCAAAGGCAAUGUGGUGGCGGGGGACGUGGUGGAGUUGAACCCACAGCGCGACACAGUGGAUGGAAUGACAGCCAUGGUUGCUGCCAAGUUUGUUCGUGAGAUCGCAGCUCGCAUCUCCAAGUAG